UUCUUGACAUUUGUUUUGCAGAUUGUGAGAUUAGUGAAAUGCUUUCCUAAACAGUGAAAGGCUGAAGAUGUCUAGACAGAAUUUAGUGGCUUUGACAGUGACCACCCUUCUGGGUGUGGCCAUGGGAGGAUUUGUCCUGUGGAAAGGCAUCCAGCAUAGAUGGAAUAAGACAAGCAGAGUGACACAGCAGCAACAGCAGCCACGGGAGCAGCCACCGCAGCAGCCACCGCAGCAGCCACAGCAGCAGCCACCACAGCAGCCACCGCAGCAGCACCAGCAGCAAGUGCCUGGUAGGAGGGAACGGCCUCCUGCAGAAGAUGACCAGCUACCCUUUGGUGCCCUGAGAUCACCCAGCAUCUCAUGGGAGGAGAGGAUACUCCAGGCUGAGGUGGUGACAGUAUCUCAGGAGGCAGAGUGGAAUCAGAUCCAGCCCUUCCUUAGAAAAGAGUUGGAAGAGUUUCCAGUGCUUGGAAUUGACUGUGAAUGGGUGAGUUUGGAAGGCAAAGCCAGUCCUUUGUCACUCCUACAGAUGGCUUCCUCGAGUGGCUUCUGUGCAUUGGUUCGUUUGCCCAGGCUGAUCCAUGGAGGCAAAACACUACCAGGAACGCUUUUGGACCUGUUGGCGGAUGGUACCAUCUUGAAAGUAGGAGUGGGAUGCUCAGAAGAUGCCAACAAGCUUCUACAGGAUUAUGGCCUCAUUGUUAAGGGAUGUUUGGACCUCCGCUACAUAGCCUUAAAGCAGGGAAACAAUAUACUCUGUAACGGGCUUAGCCUGAAAUCACUUGCUGAGACUAUUUUGAACUUUCCACUUGACAAGUCCCUUCUACUUCGUUGCAGCAACUGGGAUGCUGAGAAUCUUACUGAAGACCAGGUAACUUAUGCUGCCAGGGAUGCGCAGAUUUCAGUGGCUCUCUUUCUCCAUCUUCUUGGAUAUCCUUUCUCUAGAAAUUCCUAUGAGGAGGAAAACAAUGACCAAAUCAGCUGGUGGAAAGUCUUGGAGAAAUGCAGGAACAUGGUAGACAUCCCAUUCCGAAGCAAAGGACUUGGCCGGUUGGGUGAAGAGGUUAAUGGGGAAGCACUGGAAUCUCAGCAGAAGCCAAGGAGUAGGAAGGCUAAGACUGACGGAAUGGUGCCAGGCAGCAGCCAAGGGAGAGACCCCAGGAAGCAUAAGCGAAAGCCCCUGGGGGUGGGCUAUUCUGCCAGAAAAUCACCUCUUUAUGAUAACUGCUUUCUCCAAGCUCCUGAUGGACAGCCCUUGUGCACCUGUGACCGGAGGAAAGCUCAGUGGUACCUGGACAAAGGCAUUGGCGAGCUGGUGAGUAAAGAGCCUUUCGUGGUCAGGCUACAGUUUGAGCCUGCGGGAAGACCUGAAUCCCCAGGAGAUUAUUACUUGAUGGUUAAAGAGAACCUGUGUGUUGUAUGUGGCAAGACAGAUACCUACAUCCGGAAAAAUAUAAUUCCACAUGAGUACCGCAAGCAUUUCCCCAUUGAGAUGAAGGACCACAACUCUCAUGAUGUGCUGUUGCUCUGCACCUCCUGCCAUGCCAUCUCUAACAACUAUGACAACCAUCUGAAGCAACAGCUGGCCAAGGAGUUUCAGGCUCCCAUUGGCUCAGAGGAGGGCUUACGCCUGCUGGAAGAUCUAGAGCGUAGGCAGGUGCGUUCUGGAGCCAGAGCCCUGCUCAAUGCAGAGAGCCUGCCUGCUCAUCGGAAAGAAGAGCUGCUGCAUGCACUCAAGGGGUUUUAUAAGACAGAUGUUGUUACCGAGGAGAUGCUUCAAGAGGCCGCCAGCCUGGAGACCAGGAUAUACAAUGAAAGCUAUGUUCCUCAUGGGCUAAAGGUGGUACAGCGCCACAUUGAGGGUGGGCUGCGCUCCCUCAUGCAGCUGGAGAGCCGCUGGCGUCAGCACUUCCUGGACUCCAUGCAGCCUAAGCACCUGCCCCAGCAGUGGUCAGUGGACCACAACCAUCAGAAGCUGCUCCGAAAAUACGGGGAUGACCUUACCAUCAAGCUGUCAUGACUGCGGCUUCCUGCAACUCAGGACAGGCGGGAAGCUGGAGCCAAGGUCACAAUUACCUCUUACUGUUUAAU